AUGGGCGCUCAAGCGCCCAGCCGCUCAGGGACACACUAUUUCAGCCGACCAUGGCGGAUCGACGCCCAAACUGUCCAAACAUCAAAGCACCGGUGGAUUGUGAACUUCAGCGGAGACGAUGUUGUGGCCGGAGUGUAUCAAACAAAAAAGUUGAGCGCCGAGGCCGAGUUCGGCAGCACACAGGGAGACAUCAUAGUUGUCCGCGAGAGUACUUGUUGUUCGACUACAAGUAAUUUCUGGUGGAAACAGUGCAAGUUAUUGUUCUCAAAUGAUAGCUCCGAUCUCGUUCUCGUCGGUGGUGAGCAUCGGCUUAUCUCGUCGAGAGAUGUGGGGGACGUAGCCACGUUUAGAAAGGCGGUCGCAAGCGUGGGCCCAGCGUGGGCCCACGCUUGUGAUGGAAAUUUCAGGGGCUCACAAAACACGUUGGCUCUCGGGGAGACCGACAUAGAGACAAGCGUCGAUUGUGGUAAUAGUCUCUAUGGCAGCGUGCUGAGGCGCGGCCUCGUACGUACAAACGCGCCUGCGCCCGCGCGUCAUGCGCAAGAAGAUCGCACACAUACACGCCCAUCUCGGGAGGUCGCGAGCCCCAGUAGCCCUAAUAGCCAGCCCUUAUCUGCAGCUCAGCAGAACAAGGCAGAACAAGGCAUGAGCCCGAACGAGACACGGGCAUGCGCCGAUGACCGCUGUCGAGUAUGGAUACACAUCGAUGGCGAGACACGUUCCACGGCGAGCAGCGCACAAUCGCGAGGACGCAGGACGCAAAUAUCCGCGCAGACGAUGCAGCGCCCGUGCACGUUACGCCCAUAUCCGGUUCUCACAGGCAGCGCAGCAUGGGAUUGGCCCUGGAGGUCCAUACUCAGUCAGUGGCGGGUGGUCCUGAGCAGCCCUUCGCGAUGGCGUCAUCAGCCCUUGUCUGAGCCUGAGGUCUCGCCAGAAAGAACGCAACCCCAGCCCCGCUCCGAAGAUCGAAGCCGCCAGAGCACGAUCAAUGCGAAGGCAACGCCCGAGGACAAUCGGAUCCGUGCAGGGUCUGCGUGA